UGUCUUUCACCAGCGCUUUAUAAAAUUGAUUGUGGGAAGGUUGGCUAGACAGAAAUGGUGUAAAGAUACUUUUUGUCAGUAUUUUCCUGAUACUGGCAGGUUGUAUUAUUACAUUCUUUGCCUUGGAGGAAGGAGGAGAAAGGGACCUUUCUACAGUAAAGAACAUUUUCUGUUUCUUGUCAAGAUCUUGGCAUUGAAUACGCUGGUGAGAGGAAGGACCAAGCAUGGAGAGUAACCAGCACGUGGAUCUGUCUGCUGAACAGGAGUCACCCCCUUCUUCAGAGAGCAGCAUUUCAUUGCUACCUCAUCAGAAUGGCCUGGACAAACAGCCAGAGCAACAUCCUGAGCCCAAUUCUCAGGUACCUGAGAAAGAAGCAAGCGCUGCCCCCGAAAGCAUUGGGAGUGAUAUUUCCGAAGAGCUCAGUCGGCAGCUGGAAGACAUCAUAAAGACCUAUGGGUCUGCCUCCAGCUUAGUAGGGAAGGAGAGUGGAGGGAGAGAUAAAGAGAAGUCUGAGAAGGCAGAAUCCUUCAACCAUGACGAAGGGGACUAUGAAGAUGCAAAUGAUGACAGCGAGAAAGAGCCAGGAGCUGCUGGAGAAGCCCCCACGUCUGCAAUCAGGGAGCCCAACAACAAGGAACAAAAACUGGAAAAGAAAAUCCUAAAAGGACUAGGCAAAGAAGCUACCCUGCUAAUGCAAAACCUGAACAGAUUGCCAACAGCUGAGGAAAAACUUGAAGUUUUAUUCAAGAAGUAUGCUGAAUUGCUAGAAGAACACCGGGCUGAGCAGAAGCAGCUGAAGCACCUGCAGAAGAGACAGGCCCAGAUCAUCAAGGAGAAGGACCAGUUGCAGAGUGAGCACAGUAAAGCCAUUCUGGCCCGGAGCAAGCUGGAAAGUCUGUGCCGGGAACUGCAGAGACACAACAAAACUCUCAAGGAGGAAACUCUUCAGAGGGCACGUGAGGAAGACGAGAAAAGGAAAGAGAUCACAAGUCAUUUUCAGGGUACACUGAGUGAUAUCCAGGCUCAGAUUGAACAACAGAGUGAAAGGAACAUGAAGCUAUGCCAAGAGAACACAGAGCUAGCAGAGAAACUGAAAAGCAUCAUUGAUCAGUAUGAACUCAGAGAAGAGCAUCUGGAUAAAAUAUUUAAGCACCGGGAACUCCAACAGAAACUGGUGGAUGCAAAACUUGAACAAGCACAAGAAAUGAUGAAGGAAGCAGAGGAGAGACACCAGCGAGAAAAGGAAUAUUUACUGAACCAAGCAGCUGAGUGGAAACUUCAAACUAAGAUGCUGAAGGAGCAAGAGACAGUCCUGCAAGCCCAGCUUACUCUCUACUCUGAGAGGUUUGAAGAGUUCCAGAAUACACUGACGAAAAGCAAUGAGGUAUUUGCCACUUUCAAGCAGGAAAUGGAUAAAACAACCAAGAAAAUGAAAAAGCUGGAAAAGGAUACAGCCACUUGGAAAUCAAGAUUUGAAAACUGUAACAAAGCACUUCUGGACAUGAUUGAAGAGAAAGCAGUGAGGACUAAAGAAUAUGAAUGCUUUGUGAUGAAAAUUGGAAGGCUAGAGAACCUCUGUAGAGCUCUGCAUGAGGAGAGGAAUGAGCUUUACAAAAAAAUUAAAGAAGCCAAAAUCCCCGAAAAGGAAGAAAAUGAGCCCAACUCAGAAGAAGAGCCUGACACAGAUGCUCCUGUGGAUGGAACAGCUGACGCACAAGUAGCCAGUCCUGAAGACAAUGCACUGAGGAAUCUGGCAACAGCUUUUGUGGUAACCCAUCACGUGGAAGCUCCUCAGGACCAAUCCUGUGAAAAUACUGAGCUAGAGUUAUGUAGUCCCCAAGCUUGCAGCCCAGAGAGUUCCCUAGCUCAACAAGAUCCUCUUUCUAAAUCUGAGGAAUGUGGGGAGGCCACACCUCCACUGAAAACUGACCACCAGUCUCUCUUACCAAAGGCAGAGUCCCAAAGUCAGUCCUUAAAGCCCAUGGCAAGGACUGAUAGUCACCCCUUCCAAACAAUAGUAGAGGCAGACAGUCAACCCCUCCCACCAAUUGGAAAGGCUCCAAGUCAGCCCUCACAAAUUGCAGCAAAUGUUGAUGGCCACCCUCCACAACCAACCCAAGAGGCUAACGGUCAGCCCUUACAGCCUACAGCAAGUGACCAAUGUCCACUUGUGCUCCAUGAAUAUGAGCCCAACAGCCAGUCCCCACCAUCUGCAGCAGAAGGUCAGAUGCAAACUUUGCAGUGUGUAGUACAGGUUUCCAGUGUGGCACUGAUGCCCAAGCCAGACACUAAUGUGGAAGAGAUUGACUAAGGGCUACUUUUCUGGCUGACCUCUGUGAAGUUUGCAUUUUGACUUCUACUGGUUGAUUUCUUUACAAGCAUAAAAGGGUAGAAAUAAGAGGAGGGGGUCAGGUGAAAGAUAAUUAACUUAAAUAGUCUUCAAACUUUUAUGCCACACACCUGUGGUUUAAUGCCAUCAUGCAUUUGAAGUUUUUCUAGGCUACAAGAGUUAAUGGCCUAGUAUCUCCUUCAGGGGACAAAACAUGAUGCCAGCUUACCCUUCCAAAAGGUAUUUGGUGGGAUUUUUAAAUCAACAAUAGAAUUUUUAAAAAGAAGCGUCACUAAUUAUAAUCCAUGUGGUUUGUUUUCCUGAAUCAUUAUAAUAAACACUGUCAAUGGUAUUGGUGGUUUCAGUCCUCUUUUAAAGAAUUGGCCAUUAUGGCAACAGAGCACACAUUUCCAAAAUAGUUGCUCAAACAGCUCUCAAAUCUGUUAUUUGUUGGCUCCUCCCCUACACUUUCCCUCCUGCCUACUCCCCAAAACUCUUAUGUUCUAGUUUUAAAAAAAACUAAUUUUUUUUGAGCACUACAUUGAGCACUACAAAUAAACCAUGUCUUGCUGCCAGUGUUCACCAGAAAUAGAUUCCAAAAUGGGCUCUCAUGUUUUUAUAGUGCUAGCCAACAUGCUACUAAACUACAGGUGCAUCACUAUAAUGUAUUUCAUUGAACCAAAAAUCAAAAGAAGUCAAGGCAUUUCUUGACACCAGUACUUCCAUGACAGUGAAGAUCAGGGAUCCAAAUGACUCUCAGUCUUCUACUGGUCCAACAAAACACUUGAAUCUUUCUUUGCCAAAUUCUACACGAAACAGUAGAAUCUCAGAGACCUCAAAGGUCCUCUAGUACAACUCACAUCUGAUGUAUGAAUUCCUUCUAUGAUAUCUUGACAAAUGGCCAUCUAGCCUCUAAUUGAAGACAUUAAAAAAUGGGUAAUUCAUCAAAUUGUUAGUCUAUUCUACUUUUGAACAGCUUUGAAAAGGGGGACGUUUUCCUGAUGUGUAAAUUUAAUGUCUCUUAUUAAUUUCCACCCAAUGAUCCUAUUUUGCCCUUUGAAGUCAAGCAGAAAAGAUCUAAUUCUUUUUUCCCUGUGCUGGCCCUUUAAAUGAUUGCGGGAUACUAUUAUUAUGUCCCCUGUGAUAUGGAAAUCACACAGCCAUGUGGCUGACCACACGGGAGUCUAAAGAAUUCUCUCAAUAAACUUCUGAAUUUUCUUGCCUUUUUACUCUA